GGGCCGGGACCCGGAGCGAUGGCGCAAGGUCCCGCUCUGUGCUUCUCUUGCACAUGCGCUUCUCUUGCGUUGGGAGUCGUCCUCGAUCGAUGGCAGGCCCCGGGUUACCAGCUGCUGUGCUGCUCUGGGCUGGGCGAAGCGAUCGCAGUAUUUCAUGUUGUAUCUUGUCAAGUAUUCGCAGGACGUGGGGAUUUGCAAACGAGGGCUGCUGCUUGUGGGUACAUGAUGGGACCUUGAGGCUUACUGUGCUAUUCCAGUCACAUCUAAGGCUUGGUACUGUUUGAGGAGGAGGGUUAAUGACCACGGGCUGCUGGAGCAACAGUCGUGGAGGAUGGUGCCAAUCUGGUGCCAGCACUUGUCAUGCUGCUGAAUGUGGCUGCGCUGGCGGCUGCUUCUUCUUCAGAGAAAAACACCGGUUUGUGGGCAAAAAGCCUAUGGCGAACUAUUAUGCUUCUUCUUAUCCGCCGAUGCAAUAAAGAUGGCGGCCAGGUAGAGAAAGAGAGAGACUAGAACAUUCUUCCGUGCAUCGAAUCAUGCUUUCGUUGUCCUUUCUGGCCCGGUUCUGUUCUCAGUGUGAUGGGGCCUGUCUUCAUGCUUGCGUUCAAAAUAUAGCACCGGCUAUCGAAGGUAGCGUCGAAGAGGUAGGCUGCCAAAGAGCAUUAGAUUACCACACAUGGGGCCAUUCUGCUGAGCAUCAACCACGUCGCUUAUCAGUCCUCUAAAUUCGGGUUUCCAAAGAAGACCAUCGAUCGCUUUGUGCGGCAUGCGGAAAGUUGCUCAGUCCUCCAGUUGAUCAGUUCGCCAGCGACCAUCGCCGAGGCAUAUUCUCGGAGCGAACGGCCGUCUGCGAUUGUCCAACCAAGAAAUUGCCAUUGCAGUGCACAAAUUGCCAAAUCGUGCUUCAGGUGACCUGUUGUUGACCUUGGACCUUCAGCAGCAGGAGCCAGUGGCCUGUCCACAUAGCGGAAGGGUCUAAAAUGUGCAGCGCUCUAGACCUGCUAGGGCAAGGGACUAUUAUCACCUACCGAGACACAAUGAUUUAACAAUGAAACAUGCUGCUGGCUGGGGGUGAGUCGUUGUGAGUGGACUACUUGAAGUUUUGGAAGUCUUUGAGAACAUACUUCAAGCUGCUGGAAUGCACGACUCUCUAUGUUUCUUCAAGCUGCUUUCUUGUCUUGUAGGAGAAUUAAUCUCGAGCAAUGAGGGAAACACGAGGCCCAAACAAAACUAUAAUUCUGUGGCACAAACUCCUUCCACUUUGUUAGCAAGAACAAUCGUCUCAUCUCUCAAAAAGUGGGUUUCUAGUUUGCAGUGUCGAGAAGAUUGUGGUGCACUUACAUGUGUGAGCUGCCGAGAUGUUGGGUGGCUAUUUCGAUAACAACAUCUUAUCGGGGGGCGAGCAGGUUGCCCACUUCGGUCUGCUUUCUAGGCAGACAAUAACCAGUUGCGCACAUAACCUUACACGGUGUAAGAGACCUACAAAACAACCGGCAAAUCCCAUAUUCCCAGGCCAGAAACAGGUCGUCACUUGUGAAUGGUCUCUACUUGAACCUCUUUCCUUCUACCUAGGGGCUAUGUCCUCAUUUCCAAAUCGGUUUUCGGGAUUCGUAGACAUCCAAGCUGCGUGUAAACUGCCCGCAUGGCCUCUGACUAUACCCUCCAUCCUUCGGUGCUCUAAGCCCAUCUCAGCUAACAAGGCCAGCUAGUCACACACAACAUAACAUUGUGAGUUUCGAAAAGCGUAUAAUUUCUAGGCAGCGACAAUUGCAAGAUCAGUUUUGGCGAAGUCACUUAACAAGAGGACAUCCCUCUGCAUCCCUUAUGUCGAUUGUUCGCCACUCUUAGGCCUCUCGUUGGCCAAUAAAAGCCUGGGAACAUGGUGCUAAACUCUCGCUAACCAGAACUCACGGACAUUCUACCUUCCGAGCGCAUGAUUUACGAUUUCGCGUAGUCUCCUCACCAAAAUGGUCGAGGUUACGAUCAACACCACCCAAGAAUCGCAUCGGGAAAGUCACGGAAUGGAGCAGUCGACGCAGGCUGUGAAGAUCAAUACUCAUGGCCGAGGCAGAACCCAAUCAGGGUAAGAGUUAUGUUCGAGCCUUCCGGUGAGCCUACUACCUGCGUGCGUCAUUAAAAUGCAUACCGUGGGAUCUGAAAGUCAA